AUGUCAGAACGCAAAGUCCUCAACAAGUACUUCCCGCCGGACUUCGAUCCCAGCAAAAUUCCCCGCCGAAAGCUUCCCAAAGACCAGCAGCACAAAGUCCGUCUCAUGACGCCCUUCUCCAUGCAAUGCACCAUCUGCGGCGAAUACGUCUACAAAGGAAAAAAGUUCAACGCUAGGAAGGAACGGGUGGACGGGGAGAACUAUCUCGGAAUUCAGGUCUUCCGUUUCUACAUCCGCUGUCCACGGUGCUCCGGCGAGAUUACGUUCAAAACGGACCCAAAGAACGCCGAUUACGUCGCUGAACAUGGUGCCCAGCGAAACUUUGAGCCAUGGCGUGACGAUGGGGACGCUACGGAGGCGGAGAAAGCCGAGCGGGCUCAGCAGGAGGAGAACAACCCGAUGGCUGCGCUUGAGAACCGGACGCUCGACUCGAAGCGAGAGAUGGAUAUCCUAGACGCUUUGGAUGAAAUUCGGAUGCGGAAUGCAAAGAACGAGAGGGUGGAUAGCGAUGGGGUGUUGCAGAAUAUCAUUUUGACGGGAAUAGAGGAAAGGGAACUGGCAAAGAGGCUGCAGGAGGAGGAGGACGAUAGGUUGGCGCAGAGCAUAUUCCAUAGCGCUGAUGGGCAGAGCGUCAAACGGAUC